AAGCAAAAUCUCCGUGUGUGGAAGAGAGUCUCGUCUUUGCGGCUCCCCGCGAUCAGCAGCUGGAGCGGAGCUCAGCAUGACAAGCGGACCUUGGCGGGACUCGCGGGCGCUCUGAGGCUACCUACCAGAGGAAGCUGUGCACCCGGAGCCCGUGGAAGUUUCAGUAUAGAAAGGGAGGAGUGAUUCAAUCUGGACGCCGCGGGUGAUGGGAGCCGACCGACAGCUGCCGGCUAUCGGAUUAUAUUCUUGGAUUUUUUUGGAAGCGUUUUUGGCAACGAUGGCAAAUAAAAGCUGCAAGACUGGCAGGGACUUGAAGUGAGAUCCCCGACAGGUGCAGGGUUUGUGCCACCCAGUCCACCAGGGCGAAGAGCAGCGCACAGACUCACCGCUGCAGCUUCCCAUCUCCCGGGACGGCUUCACUUGGGACUGCCUAAUGCUCUCAGAGUAACCGAACAGCUCCAGAUAAGAGGAUGAGUGAGAGGGACGUACAGGGCAUGUGCAGAAGACUGCUCCUCCUCACCUUCUGCCUAAUCACGCUGUGGGGGAGGCUGACACUCGCAUCAUCUCAAAGAAGUCAUGCAGUUCAUGUUAAAGCUGGAACCUGUGAGGUCAUCGCUGCCCACAGAUGUUGCAACAAAAACAAAAUUGAAGAGCGAUCUCAGACUGUCAAAUGUUCCUGCUUUCCUGGACAGGUGGCAGGGACGACGAGAGCUGCACCCUCCUGUGUUGACGCCUCGAUAGUUGUGCAGAAGUGGUGGUGUCAAAUGCAGCCCUGCCUCGAUGGGGAGGAGUGUAAAGUGUUGCCAGAUCUCACGGGAUGGAGCUGCAGCACAGGGAAUAAAGUCAAGACAACUAAGGUCACACGAUAGAUAUUACUUCAGUCAAGAGAAGUGACCAAGGAGCCCAACACCACCUGACCAGCGGAAUGGAGCCAUUCAGCACCUUAAACCAGCCUUGCCUCUGGCAGAUGUUGUGUGGAAAAAAGGAAGCAAAAUAAAAAAUUUAAAAAAAGAAACUGCUAAAAGUGAAAAACAUGGAACUUGUGUAUCCGUGGGUUUACAAAUGUGCCCCAGGACAGCCAGUCUGAAAUACACUUUUAAGUACACUGUUCUUGGACAACUCCGUGGCAAGACUUAUUUGAAACCUUGAUGCUGGUGAAUACAGACUUGGUGCUCCAAAUGGAACGGCUCUGUCAGAGCAACUUUUGAAAAAUGGGAUGGCCUUGUGGUGGCUGCCGAGCUGAACACUUGGUCUGGAACCCUUUGCUCUCCUUUUCUACGCCACCCAUUUUUCCUUUUGGAUUUUUCUUUUCUGCUGUAACACGUUUGUGAAUUACUUUUCAAUAAAUGUUGUCAAUUCGGGUACCAUAUAGGAGGGUGGGGUGCAUUACAAGCUAACUGUAGCAUUUUAUUUAAUAAUUCUUCAUUUUUAUCUUGAGGAUUUUCUUUUAGGGUGAGUUCGUAAGAUAGAUGGGUGUAGGUGGAGGUGGAUGAGCCUUUCCUGCAAUUUCUGGUAUACAGUACAAGAUUUUCUGCUUAGACUUGUACCCUACUUAGUACUCUUGACACUCCUGACAAGGAUGUGUAAUCUCAUACUGGAGGUGGACACUGGUGCACACUGUUCAGUCAUGUGAAGUAGUCAUUGGUCAGGCAUAUUUGUGAGGUACACUUUAAGGCUUCCUUGAAUGCUCCUAAGGGAGCUGUCCACAGCCUGGUACACAUCAAAAGAGUAUGUACAGAACUCUAAAGGGUUAAGUGUGCAUACACAUCCCACUAGGCCUUUAUUGGUCUUAUUCUUCCAUGGAUUUUCCUGCACACUCUUGUGAAGUGUCUGGUUAUUUUUCAGUGUUGGGGAUAAGCACCAUCACUGAUCUCAGGUGGGUUUCAAGACAGUGGGGUUCACAGUCGGUCAGAAGAAUUAGAGGUCUCAUCUGAUGCUUCUAGCAAAUGUCAUUUUGGUCAGGUCAGGUCCCCAAAAUCUCAUAUUAAUUAAAUUUGAGCAGUUUUUGGUUUAAGCCCAAAUUCUCUGUUUAUCCAUAUCAAAACAUAAAGACCAUAAAAUUUCUACCUACUGAAAGAUAUUCAUGGGAGUGUUUUAAUCCAGGAUGGAACACUACAGACAUGCAAUGAGAACCAACAGAAAGGAAAUGCGUUAGGACAAUAGUUUAACCUGAGCAGAGGUAUGCUACUUGCAUAUUUUAAUGGAGCUAGGACUAUCAAGAAUUAGGGCACCUUGUUAGAAUUUUUAACAUUUUAGACAUUUUUUCACUUCAUCUGACUUGGAUAUUUUGAAAGCUUUAAAGGACAGAAUAUAACCAUGUAUGUGUUUGGUAAAAGUAUUUUCGUUCAAGGAAAAUAUAAAUAUUUUUAUCAAAUAAUUUUAAGUGCGUUACACCGCCAAUUUGUUACUUCAGUGGUUUGUUAGUAAGUUUCGAGGAUGUUGCUUAAGGCUGCCUUCUAGGAGUCACUGUUUCCCUUGUCAUGAAAGCUCCACUACAAAACCCAGCAGAGUGCUGAAGCUUUUUGUUACAAAUUCCAGAGUGAAACCUUCAACAAACUUAGUCUUGUUUUUCACAGCAUUCCACUUCGUGAUUUGGCUGACUGUUUUAAGAUCUUGACUUUUAUUAAUGACUCGUACCAUUUCUUGUUUACACUUCAUUUAUGAUUUAGAUUCCUGGUUUUUGAUAAUGGCUUUUAUGAACUCUUAUUGCAGUUUUUUGUAAAUCCCUCAGCCCAUUUUAUGGUUGCUCAUAAUAUAUGUUUCCAGAAGGUGAUUCAGAGAGGUUGGCUGGAUCUAAAGCUGCAGGUGGACCUAGUCUAUGUUGUGGUCUAGCUAAGCCAUUUUGAAUACUCACAACUGGCAUAACAUCUAUACUAAAUUCAGAAAUGUGAAAUUACCAUUUAGACAUUAUAUACUGUGUCACCUUUUACCUGUGCAGAUUUACAGGGGCCAGAGUCACUUCCAACUUCAUCAGGCACAAGGAAGGCCCUGAGAUCAAAUACAUUUAUCUAAUUUGAAUUUGUAUGGAGUGUUAGAGGAAACAGAAGUGUCUUUGGAUGGAGUGUUCAAACUCCACACAAAGGCUGAGUAAGAAAAAGAGUUUUAAAGUAGUGUGCCACCAGGUCACCCAGUAACCAUCCAUUCAUUCUUUAAGUUUUCUAUUUUCUAAAUCUGCUUAGUCCAAUAAAAAGUUAUUUUAUCUUGGAUGUAGCACUACCAUAUUACAUAGUACAGUUACAUACAUGACUUCACUCACUUAUGCUUGCAAAGUCAGAGUCAAUAAUAAAACUAAACUGAAGAAUAUCCAUGCGGACCACUGUGCCACCAAAUGGCACCGACUCUACAACAUUAUUAUCAGACUUGAAGGUCAAACUUGUCAGGGCAGGCUUAGGCAACCCUGGACUGGAUUAAGCACGUUUAGUAAACAGCAUUUUUGACCAAGUCAUUUAUAGUAAAUACUAUAGCUUUUCUUUGAGGUACAAGGAAAGUAUUUGUACACACUUUCUGGAUAGUACAAUAUUUUGAAAUGACUGUGGUUACAGGCAUAAGUAAGAGUUUCCCAUAAGAAGGUAGAAGGAGGAAUGAAAGAGAAAAAUCCAAGGCUUCAGUAUCUGCCUCAUUCUGGGUAUCUAGGACCAUUGAAGAGGGCUUAUGGGGUUACUGGUGGUGUGUGAGUGCACCAGUGUUUAGUGGAGGAAGCCAUACAGGCUGGUGAGGUCUGGGGGACCCUGUAUGCUUCCAAGAACAAAACCAUUCUUCAUUAUGCUUAAAGAAAAAAAGUCCUAGAGUGUGCUGGAAGUGUUGAAAUGAAGGAAGAUCAGGAGUCAGUAUUAUGUGGUGGCUGUCGGACUUUAAAAUUGAUCACUGACUUAGUACUGGGAUUUUGUGGUCAUUUUUUGUUAUACAAACUCAAUGUUGGGAUGAUGGUUCACCAGCUGAGAUGAAGGGGGUCUAGUGGUUUAGAAAGUGAGCAAUUCAGGGAAGUCUGAAAUAAUGAAGGCUGCCUCGAGUAUUGAUGGGCCUAAACAAGGUGGGUCCGCAAAGAGACAACAUAGGAGGUGUUCAGUUAUUUUUUGUGGUUCAUUUCCUCCCCUGUGUUAAAAUAAAUGUCUUUAUUGUUUUAAAAUCUCUGGUUUCUCUGUGUCCAGGUAGAGGUCAGAGGCUCUGGAAUUGUUGCAAGCUAUUUUAACAUUUAAUUAAAUUACAUUAGAAUUACAAUCCGAGUCCAAAAUUAUAUUUUACAUAUCUAAAGUAUAAUUAUGAAGAGUUAAAUUUUAAUUUAUAUAUCUGUAAUGUAUCUUUGAUCAGACCAAAUUAGACUUUGUAAUGUCUAGAACUAAGUAUUGACAAGUCAAAGUGCACAUAAUACAUUUUAUAUAUUUACAUUCCAGUUCCCUCCUACGGUCCAAUGACAUGUAGGUUAGGUACAUUGGCGAUCCUAAAAUGUCCCUAGUGUGUG